AUGGAUUCGGAGUACUUGGCCGAGUCCAAAACGCACGUGGUCACCGUCAUGUAUGCGAUCCCCAUUGCACUCGAGGCAUUCAGCACUGGGUGGAGGCUGUGGGCAUCAGCAACUGGACCGUCAGGGCUGGGAUUUGCCUUUGACGACUAUCUUAUGCUCUUUGCGACGCUUGUGGCCAUGGUUGUGUGUGCGACUGGGCUGGUCUACGGACCGCCACAUGGACUUGGAAGGCAUAUCGAGGCUGUGCCCGAGCACGACGGCGACUACAUCUUUAGCCACUUCUACGACCUCGCCAUCGCCUUCACAAAGCUCUCCAUCCUUGCACUGUACCACCGCAUCUUUGUCACCCGUAAAUUUCGCCUGAUUAUCAUCGGCACGGCCUGCUUCGUAUGCGCCUGGGUUGCUGUCAUGGAAGUGGUUUUGGGAUUUGGCUGCCGGCCCAUCCAGGCUUGGUGGGGUGAGGCGGAGGGGAAAUGCAUCAACAAGGAGGCCUUUACAUACUUUACCAAUGUGACGAACAUGGUGACGGACAUGUGGGUGUUUAUGAUGCCGAUCCCGGUGAUACUGGGGCUUCAGACUGCCCGAGAGAAGAAGGUUAUUCUGUGCCUCAUGUUUGGGAUUGGGCUGGCAACGUGUGCGAUUAGCGCAGCGAGACUGACGUUUGUGUUUGGCGUUGCGUCUGCGGAUUUUACGUGGCACGAGGCCAGUCUGGGAAUUCUAUCGGCUUGGGAACCCUGCGGCGCCAUUCUAUGCGCAAAUCUCCCCCAGAUAUUCCGUCAUCUCGUCAUCAUCCGGGACAUGCUCAUAGCCGGCGUCCAGUCCGCGACGAAUUCUGGUAGUGCCGCAACGGCUGUCAGCGCCGAUCGGCUCGGCGGAUACAAGGGCAGCUUGCAGCAUCCUGACUGGGCCAAGCUGAGCCAUAGCGACGGCCUGAUGGGAGAGACGAGCGGCACCGUUACGGAGGUGUCUGCGCAGAAGCCACCGGAUGCGGUAAUUGAGUCGGAUGAGCUGAGGCCGGGAUGUAUCAUGGUGCAGAGGGAGCUUCUACAGACUAGUGAGCCGGAUAUAGAGGCAGCGCCAGUGAGAGAAGUACAUGUAGAGGAGACCAAAGAAUGA